AUGCAUCUGAAUAGCAUAGGAGAGACAAUCAACCAUGAGAUACUCGAACAAACGGAAUGGGAAUUCGAGUCCGACUACUCGGAGCCCGGUUUCAAUGAUGAGAACUUCCUCGGCAACCAGGGGCCAAAUAGUCCCGCUUGGGUAAAUAAAUACGCCAACUAUGAACUUUUAGACUCAGAUGACUCAUCUGAGGGAGACACUGCAAAUUCGCUUCACCUAGGUUGGAAACACAGACUAGUGGUGAUUGUGACUGCUAGCAUUGUAUUAUGGCUUUUGGGAAAAUACCUUUCUUUCCUAAUCGGUGAUUUCCAAUAUGUCGAGCAUAUCGAUAUUUCGGGAUUUUACAAUGAUGGCAACAUUCAAGAGCUCGGGUGCGAGAAUAUGAGGCAAACUGGCCAUAUUAGCGCGCAAAGAAGCAUCCCCUUGCAUGACAACAUCACCCAGAUAGCUAGUGCUUUAGCAUCCCAUCCCAUGGUACACCUUAACGAAAAAAAGGUAUCAGUGCCUGGCAAGGUAAAUCCCAAUCGCUGGACCCAAUUCGCAGGUGCAGGGGUGUGGCUCCCCGAAUACAAUGUCUAUCUUGUUGUUUCCCGUGUGGUAUACACAAGGCCAGGUGUUUCAUGGCCCACAAUUAGCUUCUUAAGGGGACAAUUAUUUGACGAAGACUGGAACCACCUGGAAAAACAUACAAUAGAGUGGUAUGGCACCAAGAUGUAUUUUCCCAUGGUAUUUGAGAUACCAGCAGUGUGGUGGGAAGAGGGGGGCUUCUUCGGUCCAGAGGACCCUCGAAUAAUCUUAGACGAGGGCGUCCAAGGUGCCGAGCCGCUUAUUGUCUUUAACAUGAUCUCGAAUGGUGCAGGAAGUCCACGAGCCAUGUGGAUCCAUAAACCAUUCUCGAACUUUACGACGAUACUGACAAUACGGAACGAGGAAAGAAGGCCCGAGGAGAAGAAUUGGGCCCCCUUCUUUCAUAACAAGCCCAGUGCAGGUAAAAGAACCGGGACCAAUGAGUAUCUGCACUUUGUGUAUAGUCUCAGGCCCCUACAGGUGCUCAGCUGUAUGAUUAGGACUGGUGAGUGUGACUGGGUAUUCAGACAAGAAGUCCCAGAUGCUUUAGCAGAAUGGCAUGGAGAUACACGAGGAGAAAUGCGGGGCGGAACGAACUUUGUGCCAAUCCCUAUAGAUGGACAUUUGGACAUCCAGACGUAUAUCGGUCUUCCUCGAACGCAUCUUAAUUUCUGCAAAGCUGGUGCAACCUAUCGCCCAGAAAUAACGGUACUUUCCGGCUUCGAAUCCAAGUUCCACAUCGCAUAUGCCAGUGUUGCAACCGAAUUCGGACACACGUUGCUUGAUAAAGAUCUCCUCAGUAAUCCUUGUACCAAGGGUAAUAUCUUGAUACCUAGCAGCAUUGCACGAUGGGUCUACAACUCCAGGGAAGACAUGAUGGCAGUGUCAUUCAGCAUAGCUGACGAAAACAUUCACAUCCUCCGCCUCUACGGUGUGUUGAGUUUCAUCCGCAGCCUGCCAUACUAUAGCCGGUUCUUGAAACUUGACAACCCACAUCAUGACGACGCCUCUCGCAAUUUUCGCUGGUCAGUGGUAGGGAACGAGGUAAUAGCAUGCUCUGUAGAAGCAGCGGCUAAUUCAAGUCGAGCGGACUCAAUUCUUGCAGAAAUGGGUGAAUUGUCCAAGGCACUAGAGCAGAUUCGCAUUUAGAGAUACUUUGUGUGGCUGGAGCAGACCGAAGAAAUCAAUGAUCAAAUGGCACCGAUUCCAUGGGAGAUCAAAGUCAAGAUUGCUUCCUUUUGUUCUUAUAGCGCCGUGCUGUCGCUGGGGAGAUCUUCAUUGGCUUUCCAUAAUUUACUACACGAACCUACUUUGAUACGAGAGAUUGCAGAAACCGUCUACUAUAGCCGCCAAUUCAACAACACAGGGUUAUGGUCAUCCACCCAUCUCGAUAUACAGCAUGCCAAAUCUAUCUGCAUAGCGGUGGAAAUGACCACCAGCUCUGCUAAAAAGUCCAUAUCUCUUGCUGAGUUCAUCGCGCCAAAGAUCAUACUAGCUUCCUAUUCGCAUCCUCUUACUUGCGUCUUUGAUUUGAAAACCUUACAACAGUGUCUGUGUAUUGCUGAAUAUUACAAGCUAGC